AUGGAUCUUGAAUAUACAGUAAUAGAAACUGUUCAUCAAAAUAAUGCUGGACAAGUAACAAAAAUUAACUACGAAUUCGACGAAACAGUUGCUACUGAAGCAUCAACCUCAUCGUCAUCAUCGAGCAUCGCACGACAAAAUAAAGAAAAACGAAAUCGUACCUACGACGUAACGAUAACUCGAGAGCAAUAUCAAGGAAUGGCAAAGCAACUAUCAAAUGCAUUAUCGUUCGAUGCAUUCGUUAGUGUUUUACGUCCUUUUAUUAUGGGCUAUUACAAAGAUAAUGAGCUGGAACGUGCGUUUUCUACAUUGGAUCGUGAUCGAUCGGGUUCAAUCAAUGUAAAAGAAUUGAAUUCAUUUUUACCCAUAUUAAAUGAAACAGCGAAUGGCGAAGCGUUGAAUGCUUACGUACGAAAAGUUGACGACAAUUUCGAUGGAAACUUGAGUUACAAUGAAUUCCGUUCGCUUGUUUUACGUGGCAUUGGUCGAGAUAUUAUCUGUAAUCAUUUAUAA